AUGCGCAAUUAUGCUUUGAGCGCAAAAGGUACUCACAUUAGCAAGGUUCGCAGAGCACAGCUUGAAAGCAGUUUGACGGAGGAGGAGUUUCAGACCUUUCAGUCAAGAGCUGGGGAACUUGGAUGGCUAGCACGCCAACUCAGGUGCGACCGUGUUUAUGAGAACGGCGUCGUCCAGAGAGCCAAAGGUGACGCUUGUGUGGGUGACCUUGGUCGCUUGAAGCAGUAUUUGGCCCAGGCCAAACGUGGCGCAGACUUUCGACUUAGGUACUGGUCGGACGUAAACCUUCGAGAAGCAGUCUUGAUUUUGCUAGCCGACCCUGGGCACGCCAGUGGCACUCCAGAGAGAGACGAGAUCAUGCGCUACCGUUCAGUCGGUGGAUAUUUUGUCUUGGUAGGAAAUAAGGAGAUCCUCGAAGACAAGCCUGCAAGAGCCAAUGUUUUGACCUUUUACAGUGGCCAAACAAAACGCGUGUGUCGCUCUACCUUAGCUGCAGAGGCAUCACACCUUGCAGAAGCAGUCGAGUGUGGCGACUGGUGCGCAUGUUUGUUGGAGGAGGCAUUGACAGGUGAUUCGAACUUGAAAGACUGGCCCAGCGUCAUCCAGAGAAGAGUUCGUGUGUAUGUCAUUGUCUUGAACUUUGUGCCGCCCUUUCAGGAAGAACCGGCCCAAGCGACGGGAGACUUCCUGAAGCGCAAGCUGCCGCCAUAUCUGCACUUUUGGCCCUGGCGCCCCAAAAAGGGUCAGCAGGGGCUGUGCCAGCUUUUAGUGGCAGUGCUCCAAGGUGACUCAGUGCAGGAAAGGCUGCCGCGAGUGUUGAUGGUGGUUCAGUCACAAGACACAGUGUCUGGCUUACUCAGCCUUCUUUCGAGCAGUCCGGAAGGAAUCCUGCAGGCCGCUUCAGCCGUGGCAUUAAUUUCUUGCAACAACACUUUGAGAACACGCUUGAUCGAGGUCGGUGCUUUGGUUGCGUUGAAACAAUUGCUGAGUCAUGAUGACAGCGCUGUCGUGGAGCAGGCCUUAGAAGCUACAGCUGCUCUUGUCACCCUCGACCGGGGUGACCCCAAGGCAUUGGAGGAGGGCGAACCCGUUUUUGAACCCACUGUGGAUAUGGAGGAGAUGCUCUGCGGUGAAGUCUCCUUGGUGGUUCAUCAAUUGCAAGGUGCCACAGAAGAGAUUCGAUGCGCCGCAAGCCAUGUGGUCUUUAAACUUGCAGCACGGGGUGACAUUGAGAUGCCUCUGCGUGCGGCUGAGCCACUGCCGGCUUUGGUGUCCUUGAUCAGGGGUGGCACAGCCAGGACCAGAGCUUGGGCUGCCAGUGCGUUGAGGUUACUGAGCACGACAUCAGAAGCAAGAGAGACAGUCACACAAGCCGUGCCGAUGGAAGCAGAAGGCAGAGAAAAGCUUCUUGCGCAGAUCCGUGCACUUUGCUUCUGA